UAUAACAUAUAUUAUCUACGAUCAAGUUAGUUAUGUGAUGGGAACAAGAGUGCUGCUCCAAUAUGUCUACCUCGCGGGAGAAGAUUCUGUUCAUUUGAUAAUACAUUUGGAUAUUCCCUUUGCAUAUACGGAAUGUGUUAACGACCAAAUGUGGUAGGAUGUGGCAUGAGGCGCGUAAACAGGAAAAGAAAAUCCGUGGGAUGCUGGUCGAUUAUCGUCGCCGUGCUGAACGUCGACGCGAUUAUUAUGAAAAAAUUAAAUCAGAUCCCACACAGUUCUUACAACUCCAUGGGAGACCUUGUAAAAUCCAUUUGGACCCAGCAAUUGCUACUGCUGGAGAUAGUCCUGCCAACAUGAUGCCAUGGCAGGGAAAUGAGGACAAUCUAAUUGACCGUUUUGACGUAAGAGCUCAUCUUGAUUGGAUACCAGAGGCACCAGACACUAUCGACGUCGAUAUUGCUUUGACAAGCGAAGACAGACAUAUCAAUUAUGAACGUUAUCGCAUAAUCGUUCAGAAUGAAUUUUUGGGAGUAACCGAAGAGAAGUUUUUACAUCAAAUACACUUGGAAGAACAGUUUGGUUCGUCGACAAAGUUAGACGCUGCAAGAGAUAAAAAGAAGUCGAGUAAUAAUGUUGCUAUCGGAUAUAAUUAUGAAACGGAGGAACCGAUGCCCGAAACGAUGAAGUCGUUAGAUAAUGUUGGACCCGACGAUAAAGACGACGAGGACAGCGAUAUUGAUUUAGACAUUUGUGUGGACGUAUCCCAAAUAGAACCGUCUCAGGCGCACGAAAUGAACUUGGUGGCACAAAAAUAUGGUCUUUUAGGUGCUGAUUAUUUUAGUUUUUUAACACAAGACUUUGAAGAAGCUGAAACGUUGAGACAAGCUCGUAAACAGGAAGAGGAGAAAGCGAUGUACUCGGGUAGACGAUCGCGUAGAGAAAGACGUGCGUUUAGAGAAAAAAAAAUGAUCGGUCGGGUUAUGAGUCCACCUAGUUACGCAGCGAGGGAAAGUCCUGAGUACAAUCCUUAUAGAAAAUCAUCCUCGAAAUCUCGUUCGAGGUCGAUAUCACCUGUUAACGCCGGUCAAAUAACGUAUAUCACGAGUUUCGGCGGUGAAGAAGAGACUCAUGGAAGUUCCUCUCAUGUUGCCUCUUCCAAUUCGAGGAAAAUGAAUUACUCUCAUCUCAGGCGACGGAGAUCGGACAGUCCUACCAUCAAUGAGCGAACGGUCAACAGAAAAUUGUCGAAAUCGAGAUCCAGAAGUUGUUCAAGAUCGGUUAACAAAUCGAAACUGUAUAGAAACCGAGAUAGGAAACGUAGCACUUCAAAAAUCAGAUCGAGACGAACACAUUCGAGGCACAGAAAGAUCAAUAGAUCCAGGAGCAGGAGUCGUUCGAGGAGAAGAUCGCGUAGCGAAUCGAGAUCGCGCUACAGGAGUUACACCAGAUCCCGUUCUCGUACCACAUCGAGAUCUAGAUCCAGAUCGCGAAUCAAACGAUCUAGAAGCUCGUCGACGAGCAGCGUCUCGAGAUCUAAAUCGCGGUCCAGAUCGAGGUCUAGAUCUAAAUCGCGCAAUCGAAGCCGUUCGAGGGACAGUUAUCGUCGUAGGCAUUACAGUCCAUCGAAAUCGUCAUCUAAAUCGCGGAGUAAGUCGCAGACUAGAUCGCGAUCGAGGUCGAGAUCUAACCAGUCCAGGUGUAAAAGAUCGCGAAGCGUUGAAAAUAAACCGCCAGCACUGCCAAGAUAUUACGGUCGACGCGGAAAAUCAUCGAGUCUGGAGCUGGAAUUGUCAGAUAACGAAGAAAAAGCCUCUACGGCAACACCGAAACAGACGGUUACUAAUACCACGAGCAUGAACAAGCCAAAGGCAGGGUUAAGUACAAAUUCUGGUGGCGGACACAAAUCACUGAAGAUCACGCCCCAAGAGCGGCUUAAGAAGAAGAUGCAAGCUCUGCUGAACAGACAAUACAAAGCUGACAAGAAGGCUGAACAACUUCGAAUAGAAAAGAUGGAACAGCAGAGGCAAGAUAGAGAAGACGAAAUUCGAGAAAUGUCCUUAAAGUUACGUAGAAAGCAAAGGGAACGCAGACACCGUUAUGAGGGACACAGCUCAGAGUCGCAUUCCUCGGUCUCUCGUACUCCGAGCCCAGGCAAUCGUAGUCCCAGAAUCAGUCGCAGAGAUAGGAAAGAAAGGGAUUUCGACAACCCUGACCGCGAACGCGAUAGAGAUAACAGGGAACGAGAAAGGGGACGAGGCGAAGAUCGUAAUGAAAAAUUUCGAACGGAAUCCAAUCGGAGAAGAUACAGGGAUUCACCACUGCGUUCUUUGAGUCCACGUAAUAGCCGAGGCCUAGUCGAUUAUUGACAACGGUUUAUCUUCCGCAAGGACUCUUAUUAAGAAAUUUUAUUAUUUAAAUAGACACUUCCUAUAUAUGAAAUUGCAUUCCUUCCGUAAAAUGCAACAAAUAAAAUGCUCUUAGAAUGCGAUAAAGAAAAGAUGUUAUAUAUAUAUAAAGUGUACGAAUAUAUAAGUUACGAUUAUAAUUACAAUUAAGAUUUGUUUAAUUUUACGUGAUAAAAAAAUAAAUACAGUUGUUUCUUUAA